AUGAAUCUCAAUAAUUUGUCUCGAAUCAAACUUUCUGUCCUCAGGGAGCUUUACAAGGAAAAAUGCAAAAUCCUGAGAACAAAAGAGAUAAAAAAAAUUGAUCAACAACUUUCCAGCAGCUCACUGGGAGUUGAGCACUUCUUCCGUGAUGGUCAGAUCUAUGAAGCUUCUCUUUACCUUCCAGAAACAGAUCCAUCACGUCAACAACUGCAACAUCUGCCCAAACUCUGUGCUCAGUUGUUGCUGGAUGGAUUUCCUAUUGAGCUUGUAGAUGGAGAUGCUUCCAACAUUCCUCUCAGAUGGGUGAGUGAUGUUCUCUCUCAGCUCAAUGACUUGGUGUCUCCAAACAACAAGAUACGGGUCGUCACAGUUCUUGGAGUUCAGAGCACAGGGAAGUCCACUCUCCUUAACACCAUGUUUGGAGUCCAGUUUGCAGUCAGCAGUGGUCGAUGCACUAGAGGUGCCUUCAUGCUGCUCAUCAAAGUCAAUGAAGACUUGAAGAAAGUUCUCAACUGUGACUUCAUGAUGAUCAUCGACACUGAAGGCUUAAAAUCACCAGAGCUAGCACAGCUGGACAACAGCUAUGAGCACGACAAUGAGCUGGCAACACUUGUUGUUGGGCUGAGUGACAUCACCAUUAUCAAUAUUGCCAUGGAGAAUUCAACAGAGAUGAAGGACAUCCUGCAGAUAGUGGUGCAUGCUUUCCUCAGGAUGAAGGAGGCCAGCGGAAAAAAGCCUCAAUGUCAGUUUGUUCACCAGAACGUUUCUGAUGUUUCAGCCCAUGAGAAGAACCUGAGAGACAGGAAGCUGCUGUUAGAACAGCUGGAUGAGAUGACCCAGGCAGCAGCUAGAAUGGAGAAGAAAGAGGAAAACAAGAGCUUCACUGAUGUGAUGGAGUAUAAUCCAGACACUGGGAACUGCUACAUUCCUGGACUCUGGAAUGGAAACCCACCAAUGGCUCCAGUCAAUGCAGGAUACAGUGAGACUGUCUAUGAACUCAAGAAAAACAUCAUCCAACAGCUGGGAAAGUGUGGCUCAACUUCUAAUGACAUCUUGGAGUUCAGAGAGUGGAUAACCAGCCUGUGGAACGCAGUAAAACAUGAAAACUUCAUCUACAGCUUCAGAAACAGCCUGGUGGCUGAUGCUUACAUGAGGCUCUGCACAGAGUACAACCAAUGGGAGUGGAGUUCAAAAAGGAAAUGA